AUGGAGUCGCGAGGUCUCACGGUAAACUCCGUUGCUAUUGUCUUUGCGGUUAUUAGCUUCCUCGCUGUCGUGCUUCGCUUAUGGGCACGCGCCUUUAUUGUCAGAUCAGUGGGGAAGGACGACUAUCUGAUUUGUGUGGGCGCUUUGCUCUCGUGGUCUUUUAUUGCCUGCACCAUCGCUUCCGUCAACCAUGGCCUCGGCAGUCACUUCGAAGAUGUCAACAAGCUAGGCAUCGAUAACCUCAUCGCCUACAGUCAGAUCGUUUGGCUAUCGUCCAUCUUUUAUAAUGCCUGCCUUGGCUUUAUCAAGAUCUCGGUUCUUGCCCUGUAUACUCGCUUGGGUGACAAGGUGCUCCGCAAAGCAGCUUUCUUCAUGAUGGUAGUGGUGGGAUGUCAAGCUGGAGGCAAUGUGUUGGCUUGCAUCUUCCAAUGCACUCCUAUUUCCGGUGCUUUCGACGUCACGAUUCCGGCCUCGGAAAAGAAAUGUGUUAACAUCAAUGCAUUCUACCUUGCGAAUGCGGCUGUCAACAUAUUCACGGAUAUACUCACUUAUUCUCUGCCGAUUCCACUGAUCAUAAGGCUUCGUGUUCCUCGGAGACAAAAGAUCAGCUUGGCCAUCAUCCUCGGUCUCGGACUAUUUGCCUGCAUCUCGUCCAUCAUCCGAAUCACCUACAUCCCUCCCAUGCUCACCUCCACCGAUCCAACGUGGGUCAUCUCCAACGCCAUGUACUGGUCCGUUAUCGAAACCAACAUCGGUAUCCUCGCCGCUUCGAUCCCCUCCUACAAAGCUAUCGCCAAGAAAUAUGCCCCUCGUCUGCUUGGAAGCACUGGUAUAUCGAGCAACAAGCUCUCAGGCUUCAAACAAAUGCCUGUCGAGCUACGAGGAAACAGUGUACCCGGUAAUGGCGCGCCUAAAAGUAAUUUUGAGACAAACAUCAAGAAUGGACUUGAUUCCAACAGUAGCGAGGAAGUGCUCGUUAUGCCCAGUGGCCAGAUUGGUGUGAAGACAGAUAUUGUCUUUCGAUAUGAACAGAACUUGGAGGAUGGACAGGGCCAUGGCGGACGGAUCUAA